AUUCCAGACUCUUCUGUGGCUGCUUGCGCAGCUGCUCCGUGCUCGGCUUAAAGGACCAGGAGAAGGGGUAGUCACUUGCCACAGCUGGAGGCUGGAGCGUGUGGCAUCACGGCUCGCCUCGCUGUGGUGGGUGCUGGCGACAGAGACGGCAGCUCGGCUGGAAUGCUUCUCUCCCUUCCCUGAUUCAAGAAGGAAAGGCCCAUUGCUGCCGCCGAGCGUGGACACAGGCGGAUCUCUGAAGAGCUGGGUCGCGAGCCUCUCCCGCACAUGCUGCCUGGCCUCCAGCACCUACUUGGUCCCGCGCACUCCCUCGUGUCACCCCUGGGAGCAGCAGCCGCCGCGGUCGCCGCUACCCAGAAAGAAGUCAGAGACGCCGCGAGGUCGCCACCACCGCCAUGCCCGAGAAUAAAGGUAAAGGAGGUAAAAAUUGACGCAGAGGUAAGAAUGAGAAUGAAUCUGAAAAAAGAGGACUGGUAUUCAAAGAGGAUGGUCAGGAGUAUGCUCAGGUAAUCAAAAUGUUGGGAAAUGGACAGCUAGAAGCAAUGUGUUUCGAUGGUGUAAAGAGGUUAUGUCACAUCAGAGGAAAAUUGAGAAAAAAGGUUUGGAUAAAUACCUCGGACAUUAUAUUGGUCGGUCUCCCAGACUACCAGGAUAACAAAGCUGAUGUAAUUUUAAAAUACAAUGCAGACGAAGCUAGAAGUCUGAAGGCAUAUGGCGAGCUUCCAGAGCGUGCUAAAAUCAAUGAAACUGAUACAUUUGGUCCUGGAGAUGAUGAUGAAAUUCAGUUUGAUGACGUUGGAGAUGAUGAUGAAGAUAUUGAUGACAUCUAAAUUGAACUCAACAUUUUACAUUCCAUCUUUUCUGAAGAUUGUCCUACAAUUUGGAUUUUGACCAUGACAAAGAAGAUUUAAAUUUCAUUAGCAUGAAUGCAAUUUGUUAAAGCAGACUGAUUUGUUUCUAAGCAGUGUGUCCCCGAGAAAGUGUCAGAGCCUUUAUGUGGACCUUCCCAUUGAAAAGGAAACAGAAUAGUCAAUGGAAAAGGAGAAGGGCCUCCUGCAAAACAUCCUUCCUUGAAGCCUAGCACUGAAAUGGAAGAUCCUGCUGUGAAAGGAGCAGUACAAAGAAAGAAUGUACAGACAUUCAGAGCAGAACAAGCCUUACCAGUGGCUUCAGAGGACGAGCAACAAAGGCGUGAAAGAAGUGAAAAGAAGCAAUCACAGGAUUUUCAUAAUCAUGAAGAAAUGAAAGAUCUGAUGGAUGAAAAUUGCAUUUUGAAGACAGAUAUUGCUAUACUCAGACAGGAAAUAUGCACAAUGAAAAAUGACAACCUGGAAAAAGAAAAUAAAUAUCUUAAGGACAUUAAAAUUGCUAAAGAAACAAAUGCUGCCCUUGAAAAGUGUAUAAAACUCAAUGAGGAAAUGAUAACAAAAACAGCAUUCCGGUAUCAAGAAGAGCUUAAUGAUCUCAAAGCUGAGAAUACAAGGCUCAAUUCUGAACUGUUGAAGGAAAAAGAAAGCAAGAAAAAACUGGAAGCUGAAAUUGAAUCUUAUCAGUCUAGACUGGCUGCUGCUGUAAGUAAACACAGUGAAAAUGUGAAAACAGAAAGAAACCUAAAACUUGCUGCUGAGAGAACACAAGAUGUUUCUGAACAAGUAAAAAUGAGUUCUGAUAUUUCCGAAGUAGAAGAUAAGAAUUAGUUUCUUACUGAACAACUUUCUAAAACGCAAAUUAAAUUCAAUACCUUAAAAGAUAAGUUCCGGCAGACAAGAGAUACUCUCAGAAAAAAGUCAUUGGCUUUAGAAACUGUACAAAACGACCUAAGCCAAACACAGCAGCAAACACAGGAAAUGAAAGAGAUGUAUCAAAGUGCAGAAGCUAAACUCAGUAAAUCCACUGGAAAGUGCAACUGUGUAGAAGAGAGGAUAUGUCCACUCCAACGUGAAAAUCCAUGGCUUGAACAGCAACUAGUUGAUGUUCAUCAGAAAGAGGAUCAUAAAGACGUAGUAAUUAAUAUCCAAAGAGGCUUUAUUGAGAAGAAAGACCUCAUGCUAGAAGAGAAAAAUAAGAAGCUAAUGAAUGAAUAUGAUCAUUUAAAAGAAAGUCUCUUUCAAUAUGAGAGACAGAAAGCAGAAACAGUAGUGGUUGUGAGACAACUUCAACAAGAAGUGGCUGACAGUGUAAAAAAAUUAAUGACGUUAGAGUCUCCACUGGAAGGUAUAUCAUGUUGUCACAUUAAUUUGGAUGAGACACAGGCCUCAAAGAAGAAAUUAUUUCAAGUGGAAAUUCAAGUAUGUAUGGAAUUUAACAUGUUGACAGUUAUUCUAUAUAAGAAACUCCUGGAAAUGACAAUAAAUAUGUUAAGUGUAUUUGGAAAUGAAGACUUCGAUUGCCAUGGAGACUUAAAAACGGAUCAACUGAAAAUGAAUAUUCUGAUUAAGAAGCUAAAACAUAAGUUUGAUGAUCUUACAGCAGAGAAGGAAGCUGUAUCUUCAAAAUGUGUCAAUUUGGCUAAAGACAAUCAAGUUCUUCAACAGGAGUUAUUAUCUAUGAAAAAAGUACAACAGGAAUGUGAAAAACUGGAGGAUAAAAAGAUGUUGGAAGAAGAAAUAUUAAAUCUUAAGACACAUAUGGAAAACAAUAUGGUAGAACUUAGUAAACUACAAGAAUAUAAAUUGGAGCUAGAUGAAAGGGCAAUGCAGGCAGUAGAAAAAUUAGAAGAAAUCCAUUUACAGAAACAAGCACAAUAUGAAAAACAAUUAGAGCAGUUAAACAAGGAUAAUACGGCUUCACUAAAUAAGAAGGAACUCACACUUAAAGAUGUGGAAUGUAAAUUUUCCAAAAUGAAAACUACUUAUGAAGAGGUUACAACCAAAUUAGAAGAAUAUGAGGAAGCCUUUGCAGCAGCAUUGAAAGCUAACAAUUCCAUGUCAAAAAAAUUAACAAAAUCUAAUAAGAAAAUAGCAAUGAUCAGCACCAAGCUCCUUAUGGAGAAAGAGCGGGUGAAAUAUUUUCUCAGCACUCUUCCUACAAGGCGAGGCCCAGAGUCACCUUGUGUUGAAAAUCUUACUAGUAUAGGACUCAACAGAAAAUAUAUUCCCCAAAUGCCCAUAAGAAUUCCUACUUCAAACCCUCAGACCUCAAAUAACUGCAAGAACUACUUGACAGAGGUGGAGCUGGACUGUGUAGAACAAAUAAUUAGAGAAACAAAGAGAAGACCACCAUGGGUGGGGAGGGCAGAGAUUGGGGAGCACCUAGAGGCUCUAACAUUCUAAGGUGACAGUGAUGAGGACCUGGGUGCACCCAUGAGUGGAGAAGCUAGGCCUCAAUUCCAUUCUGCAUCUUUUCUGAUCACCCCCGUGACCACCAGGACAACCCCAUCAGGGCCCUGUCACCAGGCCCAGUCCAGCUCCAUGAUAACCAAGACGCAGGUCCAGAGACAACUGUCCUGCAUCGUGCCUGCAUCUGAACCCCCUUGGUGGGUAGACCAGCACAACAUGGAAGAAGCCAGGGCAGCAUGUGGCCAGCUGCUCUGCAGCCCCAGAUGGCUCCUGGGCCUUGGUAAGUCAUUCUUAAAGGGGAAGCUGGUCACUUUGAGGUCCCUGAAGGGAAGGGUGAGUGCAUCCCAAUAGCCCUGGCAGCCAGCAGCUUGCCAUAUAUCUUCUCACCCAACCUGCCUCAGUGCAACAAAUGUGCUGCAAAUGGAGCCACAUAGAGGAAAUGAGCAGCAGGCUCAGGAGCGGGGUGUGCGCUGCCUUUGGGGCUCCAUUCCAUGCAUCAGGGCUUCUACAGCACUGUGGGCUUCUUGGAUGCCAAGAGGCAGACCACAGGCCAUCUUAAGAAGGACUCUGUGGUGUCUAUGUUCAAGUGCAGAAAGGGCCCAAUCGGAGUGGGAGAGCAAGAUUGACGGCUUCAAGUGCUUCACCAAGAAGAUGGAACAGGGCACUCAGCUCAACUUCACAGCCAAUGUGGUGACAGGCUUUAAGAAAGAGCAUCAGAAGUCCAGGCAGGACCUGGACCCAGCCAUGAACCUGUUAGUGCUGUCUCAGGGACACCAAACCAAUAUCCUGGACAUCAUCCACAUACACAAGGAAGCUCUUACUAAAGUCACGGAGAGCAGACAACAAGUGGCAGAAGGGAAGAUAGAGAUGCAGAGGCUGAUGAUGUCAGAAUCACAGGAACAGGAUUUCUUUGGCCACUUUGGCUGA